AGGAUACAUAAAACACAACACUGUACUGCACAGACAUAAAGCUAGCUAGAAUAAUAAUUAAUUGAAAUAUGAUGAGGAGGCAUGAAAAUGGCGGAGGCCAAACACUGAAAGGCAGCAGCAGCUAUAAUAAUAAUAAUGGGGAGGAGGAGGAGCGAAUUGGAAUUGGAAGGAAAUGGGUUCCGAAGCGCAUAAUUGUGGUGCGGCACGGGGAGAGCUUUGCGAACGCGGAUGUAAAGGUGUUCAGUAGCACCCCCAACCACAUGAUCAAAUUAAACCCAAAGGGCAUCGGGCAGGCCCGCAAGUGCGGCCAAUUGAUCAAGCAAUUGGUCUCGGAGGAGGAGGAUGAGGAUUGGAAGGUGUUCUUUUACGUGUCCCCCACUGCCCGAACUGUGGAGAGUCUGAGAGAGAUUGGGCGCGCAUUUCCCAAGCGUCGGGUGGUGGGCGUGAAGGAGGAUCACGCCCUGAGAGAGCAGCAUUUUGGCAACUACAAUGACCCCCCAGCAAUAUACAGGAUUAAGGAUGAAAGAACCACCUAUGGCAGGUUCUUUUACAGGGUUCCCGGAGGUGAAGCAGGCUGCGAGGUUUAUGAUCGAAUUUCUAGUUUUGUUGAAGGUUUGAAGAAAGACAUAGACGCAAACAAGUUCGUCCGGGGGGUGCAUGAUGAUCCGGCAAGUGAAUCGCUGAACCUGGUAAUCGUAUCUCACGGAUUCACGGCCCGCGUGUUUCUGAUGAAGUGGUUCAACUGGACGGUGGAGCAAUUUGAGAAGCUGAACAGAAUGAAAUCCUCCGAGUUUCAAGUGCUGCAGCUGGGGAAAGGCGGAGGAGACUACAGCCUGGCUGUUCACCACGACGAUGCCAAACUCAUGGAAUGGGGACUUUCAGCUGAGAUGAUUGAGGACCAAAAGCGCCGAGCCGCAGGACAACGCGAAUAUUGCCAAUGGGACACCCACCGUUUUCUGCACCUCUUCAGAGAUUCCGAGGAUGAUGAUGAUGAUGAUCACGACAUUGACAUUCACAUUGCCGCCGCGCCACCCAAAACGCCCGCACCCGCUCAAUUCAAUUCAAUUCAAGCAGUUGAUCCAAAAUGUUGAUGUGGUAUUGUACUGUGGUGUCCCUAUAUAUAACUGCUACCUACUACUCAGCUUCUAAUAAUUAAUUUACCUGCUGCACUCUGCUGUUGUAUCCUCCUACUAUGUAUACUUUCAAAUUCUACUCCCUUACUUUUACUCUAUAAUGUGCCAAACAAAAAAAUAUAUAUUUUAAGUCUCAUAGAAGGUGUCAACAUAAAAGAUUUUUGAGGAGUAGAAGUUGAGAGUAAAAAGUCUGAAUACUUGUAGUGUUUUCGUCUUCCACCCCUAUUUUAUUCAAUAAAGUUAGUUGUGUAUCUUCAACUCAUUUUAUUUUAGAGCAAUCCCUUGUAACGCAAUGUAAUAGUUAGUUGAUAAUAUAUAUUAUUUAUCAAUACAAUGUAUUUCUUUUCUUUGCUC